AUGUCCGCACAGCCAUCCGCCUCCGCUCCCCUCUUCUUCUCAUACUCCCCCCGCACGCAGCUCAUCCUCCACUCGUCCCUCACCUCCGCCCAGCUUUUCGCCUUUCUCGCGCCCCCCGCCUUCCUCGUUUCAUCGCUGGCUCUCAAGCGGACCAGUUUCUCCAUCAGGGGGCUGAUGAGGUACUCUGCUAGUGGUGCGGCCCUCGGUGCGGUUGCCGGGGCUGGAGUAGGUGGAGCCAGGGCUGGCAGUGCGAGUGAUUUGGAGGUCAACGCCAAGCUCGGACAGAUGUCUCUGGACGAGACAUUGGUACGCAGAAACGACUACGCCACAAUAGGAGCUGCCCUUUCGGCCCUCCUCACGCCUGCCAUCUUCCUCAAGCGGGCCCCUCUGCCAGCGUUGGUCCUGGGCGGCGCCAGUGUAGGCCUAGGUCUGGGUGCGGCGGGAUACUAUAUCGAAGGAGCUACCAAAGGGGAGCCAAAAGCGGUCUGA